AUGUCAAAAAAACUUAAUCAUAAUAAUAAUAAAUCACGAACACCAAAUAAUAUACAACAUUCCCAAAAACAACCAAGCAUUAAUAUAAUACAGAAGGAACAACGGACAGGUACCGUUAAACAAACAACACCCAUACCAACAUUAAAGGUCGUUCUUUUAGGUGAUCUGGGUGUUGGUAAAACAUGUCUUAGAUCACAAUUUGUUCAUCAUAUCUUUUCAAAUGCAUAUAAAGCGACAAUUGGUGGAGAUUAUCUAACAACAACAAUACUACUACCCAAUCAAGACACCUCAGCAUCGUCUUCCAGUACUACCAUAACAACCCAACAAGAUUCUUCACAUGAAAAUCUCUUAAAAACAACUCAACGAUCAACUACUAAUAAAUCAACAACAACAAAAAUAAAUCUACAAAUUUGGGAUACUGCCGGACAAGAAAGAUUUAAUUCAAUUUCUCAAGCAUUUUAUCGAGGAACAGAUGUAUGUGUCUUAGUAUAUGAUAUCACCAAUUAUGAAUCAGUAUUAAGUAUACGAGAUUGGUUUUCAAGAUUUAUUCAACAUUGUCAUGUCGAUUUCCCCGGGGUGGUAAUUGUUGGGAAUAAGAUGGAUAAAAUUAAUGAAAGAUGUGUAGAUUUGGAAGAAAUUAAAGAUAUCGUAACUUCAAAUACUACAGUAGCUAAUGUUGGUGAUUAUAUUGAAGAUUGGGAUCUGGCAUUAUUAGAAGUUAGUGCUAAACGAUUAGAUCUUGUUGAAAAGUUAUUUUCGACAGUGGGUAAAAUUGGAAUGGAAUUAAUACUGGGAGAAAGAAGUAAGAAAUUACACGAUUUUAGUAUUGAUCUACGAGAGACUCAUCAACACUUAGAAGAGUCUAGGUCAGGUGGAUGUGCAUGUUGA